GGUGAAAAUUUCCUCAGUGCGUUUUCGUCGCGGGAUAUGUUGGCUUUUUUUUUUUCAGCUCAUUAAAGAGUAGUUAGUUUUGUCGUAGUUUCAGGUGAGCAUGAGCGUCAUUCGGCGAGGUUUGCCGCGGUGCCGGUGGGAGUGAGCGAGCGAGUGCGCGCGGGCACUAUGCGCCGCUGGGAGCGGAUUAUAACCCUAGAGGCUUAUGGGAUAUAGCUCGGUGUGUCACAGCCUGCAUGUGUUCUGCUGCAGCCCCGUGAAGAAGAAGCUCCUGCUGCUCAGCAUCAUGUUUUUAGUCUGGGUCUACAUGCUGUACUCCUGCGUGGGCUACUGCUCCACGAUGCCAAGUUUGGCAGCGGACGAUUCCCGGGGCAAGGACACCGGCAGGAGGACGGAGAGCAGUGCCGGCGGGACAGAGCUGGUGUCCAGGCUGCUGCUCCCCAAACCGCAGGCGUGGGUGGAUAUAGAGACCGACUACGACGAGCCGUCCAUCAGGACCGCUGCGUCCAGAGACCUCCUGGACAACGAAGCGGACCGAGCCGAGGACUGGGACGAGCAUCAGCGUAGGAUCCCGGAGCCUAGUGCCAUGUCCAGCUUCUCCAACGGCUCCGGCAGCAAGAAGCUGCCCCAAGCCAUCAUCAUCGGGGUGAAGAAAGGAGGCACCCGGGCUCUGCUGGAGUUCCUCCGUGUCCAUCCGGACAUCAGAGCCGUGGGAGCGGAGCCGCACUUCUUCGACCGCAACUAUGACAACGGCCUGGAGUGGUACAGGGAGCUGAUGCCUAAAACACUGGAGGGUCAGAUCACUAUGGAGAAAACCCCAAGCUACUUUGUGACCAGAGAAGCUCCAGCCAGGAUUUCCGCCAUGUCCAGAAACACCAAACUGAUCGUCGUAGUGAGAGACCCCGUCACCAGGGCGAUCUCGGACUACACACAGACUCUGUCUAAGAAGCCUGACAUUCCCUCUUUUGAGAGCCUCACCUUCAAAAACAGGACUACGGGGCUCAUCGACACCUCAUGGAGCGCCAUCCAGAUCGGCAUCUACGCCAAACACCUGGACAACUGGCUGCAGUACUUCCCCAUGGAGCAGAUCCUGUUUGUGAGUGGCGAGCGUUUGAUCAGCGACCCGGCCGGAGAGCUGGGCCGCGUGCAGGACUUCCUGGGUCUCAAGAGGAUCAUCACGGACAAACACUUUUACUUCAACCAGACUAAGGGCUUCCCGUGCCUCAAGAAGGCAGAGGGCAGCAGCAAGCCCCACUGCCUGGGCAAAACCAAAGGGCGGACCCAUCCAAACAUUGACCCCGAGGUGGUGCAGAGACUACGGGACUUCUACAGACCCUUCAACAUGAAGUUCUACCAGAUGACGGGACAUAACUUUGGUUGGGAUUGAUGGCAAAGUCAUAGAGGAGACUCAGUUUUGUUUGUUUGCAGAGUUCCCCCGUAACUCAAUUGCAAGUUGUGGAGAUAUUGCUAUAUAUAUAUAUAUAUAUAUAUAUAUAUGUAAAAUGUACAGAAAUCUAUUUUAUAAUAAUUUAUUUUUAUUUCUAAGCAAUUAAUUCACUAAGCUGCCUAACCAUAUUUGUACAUAACAUCUGGCCUGCGCAUAGUUUUUAACAUUCCUUCUUUUACUUUACAGGGAAUUUCCUUCAUAUUUGUGUUUGUGCAGAACAGCGCCCCAUGUCCUUGUUUUCAAACCCAUGAGAUUGGUUUUCAAAGGUGUUUAUGUGUAGGCUCUCAGUUGUCCAGGUGGUUUCCAUAGUAGAGAAGCUUGAAUCUUCGACUGCAACCCAGGCCAGUCGAAGAUUCAAGCUUCUCUACUAUUUUCAAAGGUGAAGAGGGAAAAAAAAAAUGAUUCUGCAGAGCUGAAAGCUAGAAAAUGGGUGUGCUGAUUUUCCAUCUGAACAUUUAUGAAGGCAUAUCUCUUGAAAUUCUCCUGUAAUUCUCCUGUGGUCCUGUAAACUCAGUGGAUUUAUUGGUGCUUCAUAAUGCAAAUAAGCAGGAUUAUGAUAAAAAAUAUAUAAAUGCACCGUGUUAUGGGUACACAGCCCAUCCAUGUGCAUCCACGUCCUGUUUGGGUUUUUGUUUUGUUUUUUAAACAGCAUCUUCCUCAGUGUGGUACUUAUGUUAGGUGUUUGGCUAAAAAAAAAAAAAAAGACUUUCCAGUUAAGUUUUCUUCAAUCCAAUUUUCCUCGGCUGGCAUAAAGGAUCAAUACACCUAAUUGAUCCUCAUUAUGUCACUUGUGGUUAAAGUCUAUAGCUGCCCUUUCACUCACGCUGCUCCUGCUGCCUGCUCUAAUGAAUAACCUAUCAAUCAAACGUUGAAUCCUAUCCCGCACCGCACAAGAGCCCGUGUCUACAUUAUGCUAAUAGGGUAAAGGUAACUGGCCGAUCGAUGAGGCUUCUGCACUCUACCAGUUACAAGCAGUGUUGGCUCAGAUGCUCUCUUCUAUCAUUUCAAAGGUCACACAAAAUCAAGACCAUAUUGCCUUCAGAGGUGUUGCACAGGCCGAGGAGCAUCAUGGGUCAAAGAGACCGUGCACCUUAUUUUCACGGUACAAUGGAAAGUCUAAGCUCAUAAAGGCUUAUCGUGUCUGACAUUGAGGGUAAAGUCCGAAAAAUGACAAACAACAAAAUACCUUUCAGCGUCAAACAUCUCCACUGUUGGAAAACGCUGGUGUCCACGACCCGCAUGCUUUUCCUUCUUUACCUGUGUCCAUACAUCUCCUCCCACCACAACAGAUCUCAACUCUCUGCUUGUUGCCAACAGAAAAAAAAAAGAGUUGAUGUCACACUUCACACCAUGAGUUACUAUCUCUCUGACUUUGCCUGCAUUGCAUCUGUGUUUUUGUCUUUCUACUUGAAUACUUGAUAUGCAAGAGGGAGAAAAUGUGUUCUAAUUGCCUUCCUACGUUGUAAGGGGAAGCGGCCAUGCUUUGCAGUGUUUUGUCGCGCUAUGCAUGCUCACUGUAAUGACCGUUUUGAAAAUGCAGGGAUAUUCACGGCACCCAGAGGAGGUCAUUACAUAUUUAAGGAAGGCCCAGAGUGAAUGUACACAUCAAAACCUCAGACACAUUAAUGGCUUUCAAAUCUCACAUGCUCACUCAGUUUGGGAUCAAAGUUGUUUUCUUUUUGAAAAUAUUGUGCCUGUUUAGCUGUUCAGUCCAACACAGUUCACCAUAACUUGCCCAAAUUAUUCCAUUUAUCUUAUGUUACAGUUUUAUCUCAUGGCUCCAACCAAUGUUUGAUAGUGGGGGAGAUGGAAGCUUUUUUACAUUGUAUUUUGUUUUGUUAGUAGUGCUGUUUUUAAUUUCAGUCAGAGUGGUGACACUGGGAAUUUAUGUGGAGAAGCAUUCAUCCCCUUUGCUCCUUCAUGUAACGUUUGAUUAAAAAAUAAAAAUUAUGAUGGUUUUUGGCAGCAGGAUCACCCUGCUUUAGCGGGGUUUCUUCAUUCACGAAUUGCCAAGGUGUGAAAGCCAAACCGCAGUCCUUGGCCAUUUGGCUCAAAAAGUGCCCUGCUCACUGUGUAGUGACCAGUUUGUGAUAAGACACCAGCACAAUGGUAUCCGGACCUGACCAUCACGAAUCGUCACACCUGUACGCAAUGCUAUAAAUGCAUUCUGAUUUCAGUAUGACAUGCUUGGAUGUUUAAAUUUUCAAUCAAGACAUCUCAACACUGGGGAAAGCCAGAAUCACUAUGAACUGUCAUUAUGUCAAAAUAUGUUUCAAUACCGGUAAGAUACUCCAAGACUUAAAAAUACAUCAACAAGACAAUGUCACAAGACAGAAAAGCCAGAAUCAACACAAAUUACAAUGACAUCAACACUAAACAUUACGAUGCCAGUAUUCCACAACACAUAAAUACAUCAACAACAUGAAAGCAAGCCAAAAUCUGAUGUAAAUGUAGGGUAUGCAACACAUUUUCAUAAUUAUAAAAUAUGGACAAUGAUUAUGAAUUAUAGAAGCUGCUGUAGCUGAAGCAGAAAAAGACUGCCAUCACAUAAUCUGGGCUGUGUACUAAAGGUUUGUGGGUGAUGUCUGUGUUGCCUUCGUUAGAGCAUCUUGCUGGAUCAUGAAAUCAUGAUUUUUUUUAAUCAUGUAACAAAAAUACUCAUGACUCAGCAAUGUGCUGUCAAGAAAACCACCGGUACAUCGUUAGGAUAUGACACAACACACCGAUAUGGAAGGUGGAAAAUGUUUGAACAUUUCAAAAAUAUGAUACCAUGUUGCCUUUGCCAAGGCACACAUAGGCCAUGAUGCAAGACGUCAAUUAGACUUACCAGGAUCAACAUACAGUUAGGCACUCAUCUUGUUAAACAUUGUGAAGGUGGAAACUCCCCGUUUUAGGUCUAAGGUUCUGUGAGUGAAAUUUAAUGUUUUCUAUGUUCCUCGUAACUGAUGGAGUACUGCAUUUGACUUCUGAGGAAUUAUCUAAAAAAAUUGAAAACCCACACUCAUGUCUUUACUCCAUGUUGCUGUAUUGAUUAUGGUUGAGUUUUAUUCGACCAACACUGAGAUCUUCUAAUCAUUAGCAAUGUUUGUCUUACCCACAUAACGUUAUUUAGACUAACAGAUGUGUAUGUACAAAACUGAAAAAGUCAUGUAAAUCAAGUAUUUUGUGGUAUGUAUGUCAAAGGAAUUAAUUUUACACAAUGCAAGUGCAAAAUGGAAGAGAUGUUUCUAGAAUAUUAAAUACUGAACAUUCAUAUUAUUUCUUUGUAUGAAGAAAUAAAGUAUAUAUUUUACCAAAA